AUUACUGUCUGUAAUUAAAGAGUUGUUUAUCUGAAGUGACCUCAGUAAAUUCCAAGUUGCAAUAUCUGAUUAAUAGUGGAAGAAGUCAUCUUUCUGCUACUGUUAUUAAACCUCGUAUAAAACCAUGGGUUGAUGCUUUUCAAUCUGCAUCACAUAUUAUAUCUGAGGAAGAAUUUUCGCAGUAUGAAGCAAAUGAUGGUAUGAGACCUUUCAUUCAAAAUUUUAUCAUAAGCACAGACACUUUUCUGAAGUCCCUGAAAGCUAGUUUGACAACAAGUAAUUUUGAUGCUCUUGUAAGUCUUUUAGCUUCUGAUUUGACUUCUCAGUUUGAAAAAGCUGUACUUUCUUGUCAAUUCAAUAGGUUGGGUGGAUUACAAUUUGAUCGUGAAUUAAGGUUAAUUAUAGCUUAUCUUACUACAGUCACUACCUGGACUAUCAGAGAUAAAUUUGCUCGACUGUCCCAAAUUUCUGCAAUUCUAAAUUUAGAAAAUGUUAAUGAAAUACUAGAUACAUGGGGAUCUAAUUCUGGUUCCUUGACAUGGCGUCUUACCCCAACUGAGGUCAGACAAGUAUUAGCUCUUAGGUUAGUAAAUUAUUAUUUUUAAAUGCAUUCUUUGUAG